AUGUCCGACAAUCAGGAGGCAGCGGAAAAAAGAUAUCAGAUUGCUGAUUUCAAGGACGAACCGCUAUCGCUCGUGAGACCGGAACUGCUCCAAAUGAUGAAGAAACCGGUGGAAGAAAAAGUACCAGUGCUUUCACAAAAACGAUUCCAAAUUCAAGGAGACCUUAACACGUCCAUCAUCAAUUGGCUGAAAACCGGCAUAGAAGAAGGUGAUUUGGAAGGAGCCGCUCAAAGAGCGAUCGAGGCGCUGCGUAAGCGCAACGAAGAGCUGAAACUCCUGGAAAUGGAUCCGAAUGCAAUGAAAAAAGUCGAACAAUUCGAGACUUUGACAGCUAUCAUGGGAUCUUCUUCGUCCACGGAUUCAGCGCGUCUAAUAGCUAUCCUACAACUAACUGCGGCAGACAAGACGUCUCGUAAUUCGUCCCAACACCAACCUAAAAAGUGGUUUCGUCCAGCGGGCUCCUUCUACAAGCCGGGAGGAGUUCGCACUUAA